CUGAUUCAGCACCGUGCAUUAAAACAGGAUGGCGUCCCCUUCUCCCCAUGACCGCAGCCGUAAAGACGAUGAUGAGGAUGACCCCGUUGAACAGAUGAUAUCCCGCACUGGCUGUGCCGAGCUACACUAUGCUGUGCAGGAGUGCAUGGCUGAACACCAGGACUGGCGCAUGUGCAAGAGCCAGGUCCAGACUUUCAAAGACUGCAUGAUGAAUUUCCAAAUUGCCAGGAAAGAACAGCUGAUGAAGCAGGUGAAGCCAAACUCCACUGAGUCUGCGCCCAGCUGAACUCACAACACCCCACACACAGUCUGAUGAAGACUGUCCCUAAUUUAAAUAUUGUUAAUGAAAAUAAAGUAUGGGCAGCUACAAGAACACCCUGACUUGGUCUUUCAAGUGUGUGGUGGAGAGCCCAACUGAUAAAUGUGGCCUAUUAGGGCAAUAGGUACUUAUUGCACAGAGUAUUGAUUUACAUGUUGGCUGAUGAG